AUGCAGAAAUACUGCAUCUGUUUAUUAAUGGGGAAAAAUACUCUAGCGCUGCUCGCGCUAGCGCUGAGCCCGGGGCCCGCGGCCGCCGCGCCCUGCAGCGCCGACUGCCCAGCGGGUACCUUCGUGGUGAGCGCGGGCUGCACACGGGGCGCGAGCUGCCGGCAGUGCCCGCCCGACAGCUUCUCCAGCGCCGCGGGACUCAGCGGCUGCACCCUGUGCCGCAAAUGCGAAGGAAGAUUCAUGUAUUUAAAAGUGUGCUCACCAAAAAGCGAUGCCCAGUGUACCUGCAAGGAGGGGUACCGAUGCAGUGGCGACGGCUGUUCCCGGUGUGACAGAAGCUGCGGCGUGGGUGAGGAGAGCACUGGGAGCGGUUGCCAGACUUGCCACUAUGGAACUUUUAAUGAUCAGCCAAAUGGCUCCUGUAAAAACUGGACAAAGUGUUCAGCAAACCAGGUUGCGGAGGCUGGAACUGCAGCAAAAGAUGUAGUUUGCAAACAUACUUCAGAUAAUCCCACUUUAGCCACUGUUCUACCUACCACUUCUCCUGGGAUUCCACUUUUUGUCACUGUGCCAGGGAAGAAUAUCCAGAUGGACAUUAUCAGAAUUUCUCUUGCUGUAGCUGGCCUGUUGUGCAUAGUAUUUCUGCUACCUUCGUGUGUAUGCUUCAGCAUCUGGCAGAAAAAGAAACUACAUGCUGUCUUCAAGAAAAUGCAUGCUACACCUGAACAAUCAGUUCAGGAAGAUGCCUGCAGCUGCCGCUUUCCUGAAGAAGAACAAGGUGAAUAUCAGGACUGUGGCAAAUCUACAGAAUUCAGAGAUCUUUUGGAGAAUUAGGAAUUGGACUGUCCAGGUCAACCGUAUUUGUGUUUCCUUUUAGAACACAGAACAAGAACCUGUUUACAUAGAGAGGAAACAAUCUGUGAAUUUCAGAGUGCUACAUAGCCCAGCAAGGAAGGAAAAAAGCGUAUCUUUCCUAAUUCUUAAAAAAAAGUAAAAAUAUAUAAAAAUAUCUAGUUUGUUGAAUUUCUUUAUCAAGGACUAGGAAUCAUAUUUCUAAGUAGUGCUUGAUCUAAAUGUAGUACUGCACUUAAAAGAGAUAAGAGAAGGCAGUAUGGCUUUCUCAUUCCUCUUAUAAAUGGUGUCUGAGCCAUAAUGUACAUGCAGUCUGAAAGCAUUUGUCACUAAAAAGGAGAUCAGUAGCACAUCGGACAGCCACAUGUGACACUCGUGGUCUCUGUAUUACCGUUAUCAGCUCAGCUGUCCUUUUGAGUGUAGAGCUGCAGCUCCUCCCAUAUCAUGGCUCAAACCCAACAGUGUUGGGUUCCUUUUGCAACUACAGAUAGAUCUCAUUUCAGAUUUUCAGUUGCCAUCAGACGUGGAAACAGAUACCUGGCCUGACCAUCACAUGCUUCCUUAUGUAAGAGAGAGGAAGAUAUGAAAAUCUAGAGCUGUAAAGUGAAUUUUAUAAUAGUUUGUGUCUGCUGGUGUAGUCUGGUGAUUGCCUUAAAAGAGGUAGCGGAAACUCUGAGAAAAGCUGUGGUUGACUUGCUCUUAGAAAGGGAUGUUACAGUGCAGCUGGACUGUAACACCUUCUGAUCUACAUCAUUCAGCUUUGAUCUUUUAGGUGAUGUAAAUAUAUUAUGUACAUUGCAGAUGAGGUAUAUGUAGAAUGCGAUACAUUUCUGGUACUAUUUCUGUAACUCUGAGGUUGGAAAGAUUUUAACAUCAGACAGUGUAUCUGUCUUUUUGAUCAAUUACUGUUACUUUGGUCUUAAAGAGAAAAAAGAAAAUGAAUGUUUUGAGUCACGGCAAUGACAUCAUUUUUAACCUUUUUCAAAACCACGUAUUUUAUUUUAUUUCUUCUGUAAAUGUUGUUCAAAAAUAGAAUGAAAGCCCACUAACCUGUUGGGUAAAGGGUGAUUUUCCUAUGUGAUUCCAACUUAAGAGAAGGAUGCUGUUGUGUUUGAAGAAUAACAGCCCAUUUCUCCAUUCAGCACAAAAUCAAGAUAGGUGAUUAUUUUCACCAAACCAUGCUUACUAAUUUUGAUAAACCUCCUCUUUUGUAAUUUCUUAUACACAUUAGGAAAUAAGUGUAGUAACCCUGAACUGUAAAGUUAAGUAUAUUUAAAUAAAUUGUUUUGAGUCCCUA